CCGCCCUGCCGCCGCGGCGAGCGAGGGGGCGAGCGGAAGGUGCGCUGGAGCUGACGCCCGCGAUGCGAGCAGCGGCAGUCGCGGCGUCGCCGGCACGGGACAUGCCGCUGUGCGGGGAGCCGCAGCAGGCCCUGUCGCCCCCGGCCUCGCAGCUGCCCCCGCUCGCGCCCUCGGGACCGCCGCUCUCCGCUCCGAGCAGCGCGACCCUCAACCGUCUUCCGGAGCCGCUGCUGCGGAGGCUCAGCGGGAGCUUGGACCGAGCGCCCGAGGGCCGGGGCUGGAGGAGGCUGGCCGAGGUGGCGGGGAGUCGGGGGCGCCUCCGGCUGAGUUGUCUGGACUUGGAGCAAUGUUCUCUUAAGGUCUUGGAGCCUGAAGGAAGCCCAAGCCUAUGUCUCCUGAAGCUAAUGGGUGAAAAAGGUUGUACAGUCUCGGAGCUGAGUGACUUCCUGCAGGCUAUGGAACACACUGAAGUUCUUCAGCUUCUCAGUCCCCCAGGAAUAAAGAUCACUGUAAACCCAGAAUCAAAGGCAGUCUUGGCUGGACAGUUUGUGAAGCUGUGUUGCCGGGCAACUGGACAUCCUUUUGUACAGUAUCAAUGGUUCAAAAUGAAUAAAGAGAUUCCAAAUGGAAAUGCCUCAGAACUGGUUUUUAACACAGUGCAUGUAAGAGAUGCAGGCUUUUAUGUCUGCCGAGUGAACAAUAGCUGCACCUUUGAAUUCAGCCAGUGGUCACAGCUGGAUGUGUGUGAUGUCACAGAAUUAACAGAAAGCUUCCAGGGAAGUUUGGAAGGCAUCUCUGAGUCCAAGUUGCAAAUCUGUGUUGAGCCGAGGUCCCAAAAGCUGAUGCCCGGCAGCACUUUGGUCCUGCAGUGCGUUGCUGUGGGGAGCCCCAUUCCUCACUACCAGUGGUUCAGAAACGAGUCCCCGCUAGCUCAUGAGACAAAAAAGAUAUACAUGGUGCCUUAUGUGGAUUUGGAACAUCAAGGAACCUAUUGGUGUCAUGUAUAUAAUGAUCGAGACAGUCAAGAUAGCAAGAAGGUAGAAAUCAUCAUAGAUGAAUUACAUCAUCUUGGGCAUCCUGAUAAUAAAGAGCAAACAGCUGACCAACCUUUGGCAAAGGACAAAGUUGCCCUUUUGAUAGGAAAUAUGAAUUACUGGGAGCAUCCCAAGCUUAAAGCUCCUUUGGUGGAUGUGUAUGAAUUGACCAACUUGCUAAGACAGCUAGAUUUCAAAGUCGUUUCGUUGUUGGAUCUGACUGAAUAUGAGAUGCGUAACGCUGUGGAUGAAUUUUUACUACUUUUAGACAAAGGAGUAUAUGGAUUAUUAUAUUAUGCAGGACAUGGUUAUGAAAACUUUGGGAACAGCUUUAUGGUUCCUGUUGAUGCUCCAAAUCCAUAUAGGUCUGAAAACUGUCUGUGUGUACAAAAUAUACUGAAAUUGAUGCAAGAAAAAGAAACUGGACUCAAUGUGUUCUUGUUGGAUAUGUGUAGGAAAAGAAACGAUUAUGAUGAUACCAUUCCAAUCUUGGAUGCACUGAAAGUCACCGCCAACAUUGUGUUUGGAUAUGCCACGUGUCAAGGAGCAGAAGCUUUUGAGAUCCAGCAUUCUGGAUUGGCAAAUGGAAUCUUCAUGAAAUUUUUAAAAGAUAGAUUAUUGGAAGACAAGAAAAUUACUGUGUUACUGGAUGAAGUUGCAGAAGAUAUGGGUAAAUGUCAUCUUACCAAAGGCAAACAAGCUCUAGAGAUUCGAAGUAGCUUAUCUGAAAAGAGAGCACUGACGGAUCCGAUCCAAGGAACAGCGUGUUCGGCAGAGUCUCUGGUGCGGAACCUGCAGUGGGCCAAGGCACAUGAACUUCCAGAAAGUAUGUGUCUUAAAUUUCAAUGUGGUGUUCAGAUUCAAUUAGGAUUUGCAGCUGAGUUUUCCAACGUCAUGAUAAUCUACACAAGCAUAGUCCACAAACCACCUGAUAUAAUAAUGUGUGAUGCCUAUGUUACCGAUUUUCCACUUGACCUAGAUAUAGAUCCAAAAGAUGCAAAUAAAGGGACACCUGAAGAAACUGGCAGCUAUUUAGUAUCCAAGGAGCUUCCCAAGCAUUGCCUCUAUACCAGACUCAGUUCACUGCAAAAAUUAAAGGAACAUCUGGUCUUCACAGUGUGCCUAUCGUAUCAGUACUCGGGAUUGGAAGAUACCAUCGAGGAAAAGCAGGAAGUGAAUGUGGGGAAACCUCUCAUUGCUAAACUGGACAUCCAUCGAGGCCUGGGAAGGAAGACCUGCUCUCAGACGUGUGUCAUGUGCACCGACCCCUACCAGAGCUCUGCGUCCAGCUCAGCGGGAGCGGGGCAUUAUCACUCUUCUCAAGACUCGUUCCUUGGAGUCUACCAUUCUCCUCUCAGUAACUCAAGUAGUGUCAUGCUGUCAGAUGGCUGUCGUUGCAGCCGGACUGCACAUGCGUUUGUUUCAAGUCACCAUACCCACCACUACUCAUGUCAGUUUGGGAGAAGUAACGUGCCCGUCGAGACAGCCGAUGAAUUGCCCUCCAGCUUCUCUGAUGGGCUCAGGAUUACUGAAAAGUGACCUUGUUUUUGAAAGUUAUCAUAAUUACUAGAUGCCUGAUAUGCAACAGUCUUAGAGAAAGUGAGGUAUUGUAAAAAGGCACAUAUGUAUAUGUAGAGAGAAAAUUAACAGCUGUUUCAUGGCAAGCUCAGGACUUGGAAGUGUUGGAAUUGUAGUAUUUAACCACAUACUCCCUCAUCCU